CAUUCUUAUCUUUUCCAUCUCUUCUCUCCCAAUACUCAAAAACUCCCUCCUCCCUCUUCUCUCAUCUCAUCGCCAUGCCUUGCCUUUACAUCUCCACCAAUGUCAACUUGGCCGGAGUCGACUCCGCUCCCAUCUUCUCCGCCACUACCACCGCCGUCUCCUCCAUUAUUGGCAAACCCGAAAAUUAUGUGAUGGUGUUGCUGAAUGGGUCGGUGCCGAUAUCGUUUGGAGGGAAUGGGGAUCCAGCAGCGUUUGCAGAGGUGGUGUCCAUGGGAGGAAUAAACUCAGAAGUGAAGAGGAGGUUGAUCUCAACCCUCGGAAGCAUUUUGAAUGAAAAGCUUUCAGUUCCACCGGCGAGAUUCUUCCUUAAAGUCCACGACACGACGGCUGGUCGCCCCAUUUCCAAAUUAUGACUCUACCCGGUGGCUGCCUUUUCCACCUCUUCCAACUUUCAUAUAUAUAUAUAUAUACAUACAUACACUUUUCUUUUUAUAAUUAUAGUUUAUUAUGGUCUGUUUGUCUGACUUUCUCUAUUAUGUCUGUCUGUUGACAGUUGAUUCAUAAGGUGAAUGAGACAAACUUUUAACCUAAAAAAUGAUCAUAAUAUAAACUUUGUUGUCAAUUGAGCUUUAAGUUGAAAUUUUAUUCAGCCAUCCA